AACAUCAAAAACUGCUGCAGCAGUGAAAAGGGCGGCAUUGGAAUAUCGAAGAAGAAUUUUAUCUAUCUUUCAGAUGGCAAGAACUAAGCAGACAAGCAGGCAGAAUUCAAACAGAAAUUCAUUUCCACGGGCAACAUUUCAACCAGCCCGUCAGAGAAAGCGUCCUAGAAAACCGAGAGCUGAGCGCUUAUGGAUGACCGAAAGAGAAGCGAGAGCCCCCUGGCUUUAUCUGCCAUACCGCUAUGAUCCGUGGAACAAAUCCGACUCGGAUUCGGAUUCAGAUGAUGAGAUGGGUCACGAUUAUUUGGAUGAUGAAAUUCUGUUCGGCAGUCUCCGUGGUAACAUUGUUGGGAUUCGGUAUUAUACAGGAAUCGUGAACAAUAAUGAAAUGGUGGCUUUGGAGAGAGAACCACAAAAUAGGUUUGAUAGAAAUGCCAUAAAAGUGGUCAAUGUUGUCCGUCAACAAGUAGGACACAUUAAACGAGAGCUGGCUGCAGCUUUAGCACCAAUUAUGGACAGUGGUUGGGCCAGAUUAGAGGGGAUCGUUCCGUUUGGGAGUCAGAACCAGUUCAGCAUGCCUGUAGACAUCACUCUCUGGGGAAAACCAGAACACAAGCAGCAAACCAUCGCCAGGCUAGAGAGAAGUGGUAUCAAGAUGAAGGUAGCCAGCGAUCCUGUGGGUGGGGUCGGUGGUUCUAUGGGUGGGGCCUCAGCACCAGGGCCCAGUUCUGGUAUGAUGUAUGGAGUGGUGUCAAACAGGAGAACAUUCCUCACGCCAGCAGAGGUGAAGAAUGAACUUGACAAAUUGUUUGAGAGUUUGAAUGAGGGUGAUAAAACAACCCCAUCUGAGCCAACAGAGGCGAUAUCCAGCGCUAUGUAUAAACACCAGAAGCAGGCUCUACACUGGAUGAUUCAGAGAGAGAACGGGAAUCAACUGCCGCCUUUCUGGGAGAACAGGAAUGGACAGUACUUCAACUCGGUGACGAUCUUCACAACCAAAACCAAGCCGAAGAGUGUUUGUGGAGGAAUACUGGCUGAUGACAUGGGUCUUGGAAAGACACUGCAAACUAUUGCUUUGAUCUUGACAAACUUCAAAGAUGGAAAACCUCUUGCUGUUCCAGUGGCUGGGAAAGUUCGUCAGUCCAAGAUAUUACGAUUGCAGCGCAAAGCUCAGAGAAUAGAGGAUUAUAAAAGCACUCCAAGUAAAGCUAAGAAGUCCUUUGUCAUCAAAGGGGAGCCCAGCGAGAUGUUAGAUGAGAAGAAACCAUCAUUCAGUAGAAAACGUAAAACUCUAGGUGACCUGUCGCGGUACAACAACAACGCUGUGGACGACAUCACGGACGAGGACAGCACUGACCUUGCGGAGGAGGAGUCUGAGGAGGAAGAUAGAAAUGAUGAGCAAGUCAUGUUAAAAAAAGAGGAUCCAGAAUUCAAGUUAGCAAAAGAGGCAAAGAAACUGGAAAAAAUUGCAUCUCCCAUUGCAAGUAGGAGACCUAGAAGAACUGUGAAGAAGCCCACAAGAUAUACCUACAGUAGUGAGGAUGAGGAUAAAGAAGUCGUAGAGAGUCCAAUGAAAAGAGCUAAAGUAGUCCAGAUAGACAAAGAAAAUUGUCUGCAGAUUGAAACAGCAAGAAAAGGUCAAAGACGUGGUAAAGGGAAGGGGAAACAACUCCUAAAAUCUGGUGGACAGAAAUGUGAGGGACAGAUGGAUAAACUGAUUGAGGACACGAUAAGGAUUGACAAAAUCUCUACAGGGGAUAUAGGAAAAGAUCAACAGGAUCUUAAGGGGGAGGACACUACCAAGAUUGGCAGUGUCUUGGUAGAGGGUGGAGGCAGGGGGCAGCAGGUACCACUGAGGAAAGAGGGGGCACCUGUACCACAGAUGGAGGAGGGGACACCUGUAGCACGGAGGGAAGAGGGGGCACCUAUUUGCGACAAUAAGGUACAAGAAUCAGAAAGGAAUCAGAGCAGCCCCAUUGCAGAUGGUAAAGAUAAGGCAUCUUGUGUAGCAGAAACAGGAAAUCAAAGUACUGGAGGGACUGUAACUAAUGCUGAUAAUGAGCAAAUUAAUGCAGUCUUGUGCCCAAAGUUGAAAACGGAGGGAAAAGGAUGUGGACAAAAGCUGGAGAAAGAGUUUAAGUUUUGUACCAUGUGUGGAUGGAAGAUUAACCCAGACAUAUUUAUAGAGAAUGCCAAGAUGUGUCUCAACAAAAUAGAUGAGGGGAAAAUUUGUGAGAACAUUGUCUACCCUCCUCAGAAGUUUUGUUCCAAUUGUGGAACACAGUUGUCAUUUACAGAGAGGACAGUCAUUGGAACAAACUUGGGACAGGUUUCUUCACAAGUAGAGUCUAAACCAAAAACAGAAAAUGAGAAAAACAAAGGAGAGGAGAGGAUACCAACAGCCUCAGCAAAUAAAAAUUUUCCCAGUACAUCAGGACUGAACCCAGAGGCCAGGCCAUUUGUUCCUGGUCAGCCAGUGAUGAUGACUCCAAAGAAAAUGAGAAUUACAUCUGUAUCAGGUGAGGAACUACCUGAUAUACAUGGACCUGAGGAACUCCCCUCUUGCUCAACACCAGGGAGCAGUAAAUGUGGGAAGUUCUCAGGAAGAACCCCGACAACAGGAGCCCGGGCCACACUCAUUGUCUGUCCAUUGUCUGUGUUAAGUAACUGGCUUGAUCAGCUGGAGGAUCAUAUUCACGAGAACAUCCACCUGGAUAUCUACACGUACUACGGAUCCAGCAGAAUCCGCGAUCCAGCCGUGUUAUCCAAACAAGACAUCGUGCUCACCACCUACUCCACUCUCUCAUGUGAUGCCAAGGGUGAUGGAGCUUUGCAGAAGGUGAAAUGGCUGAGGAUAGUCCUGGAUGAAGGGCAUGCUAUCAGAAAUCCCAAUGCCCAACAAACCAAGGCUAUAUAUGCCUUACAAGCAGAGAGGAAGUGGGUUCUUACAGGAACACCCAUUCAGAACUCUAUAAAAGACCUUUGGUCCCUGGUAAACUUUCUCCAGAUCAGUCCGUUCACUGACAGACAGUGGUGGACCAGAGCCAUAGAGAGACCGCUGGAGCAGGGAAAUGAAAGUGCUAUCAAGCGUGUUCAGCAUUUAAUGGGAGCCAUCGCCCUGCGUGUUCAGCAUUUAAUGGGAGCCAUCGCCCUGUAUAAUACAAUUUAUAUGCUGUAUUGGUGCUGUAGGCGUAUUCAGCAUUUAAUGGGAGCCAUCGCCCUGCGUAUUCAGCAUUUAAUGGGAGCCAUCGCCCUGUAUAAUACAAUUUAUAUGCUGUAUUGCUGUAGGCGUGUUCAGCAUUUAAUGGGAGCCAUCGCCCUGUAUAAUACAAUUUAUAUGCUGUAUUGGUGCUGUAGGCGUAUUCAGCAUUUAAUGGGAGCCAUGCCCUGUAUAAUACAAAAUAUAUGCUGUAUUGGUGCUAGGAAUGUGUUUGUGGAGCACGUCAAGCUGUCAGAGGAAGAAAGAUCUGUGUACGAGGCCAUGCAGAAUGAGGGCAAGAUCAUUGUCAGUAGAUAUUUCCAACAAGGCACUCUGCUGCAUCACUAUGGAGACGUGCUGGCUAUUCUGAUGAGACUCAGACAGAUGUGUUGUCAUCCUCUUCUGGUGGCCAAGGCGGCAGCUGCCAUGAAGGAAAUCAUAAAUGAGGCUGAAUCCAGUGGUGGGAUGAACGACGCCCUGAGACAGAAGUUGGUGGACACUCUGAUGAUGGUGCUGAACUCGGGAUCGGACGAGGAAUGUGCUAUCUGUCUGGACUCACUCAAGCGUCCUAUCAUCACACGAUGUGCUCACGUCUUCUGUAGGGGAUGUAUCGAGGCUGUCAUCAAAAAUGAAAUGCUGCAUGCCAGGUGCCCCCUGUGUCGUGGGGAGGUGUCGACUGAGACCCUGACUGAGGUCCCCGCAGAACAAGUACAACAGAGUGCUGCAGAGGCUGCCACACAGGGGGAGUGGAAGUCCAGCACCAAGGUUGAUGCUCUGAUGAAUGGUUUGGUAAAGCUGAGAGAGGAGAAUCCCCGUAUCAAGAAUCUGGUCGUGUCUCAGUUCACCAGUCUGUUGACCCUCCUAGAAAUUCCCCUUAAUGCGCUUGGCUUCAGCUUUGUACGGUUAGAUGGGACGAUGUCAAUGAAGCAGAGAUUGAGGGCGGUGGAGGAGUUUUCUAACCCUGCCCCAGGGUCACCCACCAUCAUGCUCCUCUCCCUGAAGGCUGGUGGGGUGGGGAUCAAUCUGGUGGCAGCCUCAAGGGUGUUCUUAAUGGACCCGGCCUGGAAUCCUGCCUCAGAGGAGCAGUGUUUUGACAGAUGUCACAGACUGGGUCAGACUAAAGAUGUAGUCAUUACAAAGUUUGUUGUUGAAGAUUCUGUGGAGGAGAGAAUGAUGGCUCUACAGGACCAGAAGAGGAAACUCAUGCAGGGGGCAUUCGGUCAGAAUAAACAAAGCGCCGAGGAAAAACGCACCAAUAGAAUUCGAGACAUUAAAACACUUAUGGAUCUGUGAAAAGUAUACAUCAGAUAGGACAGUGAACAGGAUGAUAAAUUUGAUAUUUUUUUUUGAUGUUUGGGAUCUGCAGCUCAGUUUUGGGUGCGUUAAAGACUUUAAGAAACAUAGGAUACUCACCGCUUAAGUUGUGCGUCAAGCAGCAAGGACUAUUUCCUGUGUGUGUUGUUUUUGGAAUUCUUGAAAUCAAACUCAAUAUUUAAAAGCAUUAAUAGAAAUUCCUCCAGCAAUUCAAGUUUUUAGAAAAUGGAUGAAACUAACAUUUCAAGUUCAUUGCAAAAAUAUACUCUAAAUAACAAUUUUUUUCCCGAAAAAUAUUUCUGAAAAUAGAUUUCUUACUAGAAAGGAUUUCAUUCUCUUACAUAUAUGGCAGCACGAUAUAUUUAAACAAAUGACACCUGAUAAAUGUAUGAAUGAAGGGGUAAAACAGCA